UAAUUGAUACCGUUAAUGUCUCCUUUUUCUUAUGGUCAACAUGUUACCUCAUAGUAAUAAAGUGUGAUUGCUUGACCUUCAGAUUGCUGUCCUCAACAUAAUGGUGCCUGAUGAAGAGAGGACGUCUCCCAUUCCUACAGAAACAGUACCGAUGCGUACUGAGGAACAAGAGCUGAUCUGGCGACAAAGGCUCAGUGACCCAAGAUUGGAAGACAUCUGCAAUCUCCUCGGCAAAGACUGGGUGGCGUUGGCCUAUGAGCUUGGAGUAAGUGUGGCCACAGUCAAUCAGAUACAGGCGAAGAGGAUCACAGCCGCUGAGCAAGCACAGCUUAUGCUGAAGCUGUGGAAGACGCAAUCGGGAACCAAAGCUUUAGAUAAUGCUCUAGAGUUAGCGUUAUGUCGUAUUGGAAGGGACGACAUUAUUGCACCGCAGUCGGAUUUGACCAAUGAAAGACGUAUCCAACGCAAUAUUUACCAGGAAAGACAGGCUUCAGAAGAGAUAGAAGCUUACAAAGCAGAUGAAGACAAUAAACUUAAAGACAGGAUAUAUGACGAAAAUCAGAUCCCUGAACAUAGAGAUGAACAUGAUCAGGAUGAAGCUAAGUAUUCUCCUGAAGAAAAGUCUAUUGUCGAUAAGAGUGAGAUAGAAAGAACUCCUACGCCAAGUGAAGAUAGUGAAGAAGAUGAAGAUGUCAAGCGCAGUGUAGCAGAACGAAAAGAACAAAUCACAAGAAAAUUGAGUUCUAGUAAAAUUCCGGCUUCUAAACAGAAGAAGGAAAUAAGAGAGGAAAUUAUUGAAAUUAAAACGCAAAUAAAACCCGUCAAAAAGUACCAAGAUAGCGAACAACAAGUAAUGGAUAAGGAGCCAAAAUUAGAAAGAACACGAUCAAAAACUUCUCCUGACACUGUUGAAGAAGAAGAGGUCCAAGAAGUGCCUGAGCCAAAAAAAGAAGAACCGAAACCAGUAGAAAGACCAGUCGACCAGUUCCGAAAAUUUGACCCUUCAUCGCCAGCUAAGCCAACUCCUAAGCACUUACAAAGGCACAUGAGAAACGAAUCCAUGAGGUUCCCAUCUGGAGAUUUCUCUAACGUCACAAUCACUCCAAGGAAAUCAGUGACUGCCGAGACUUCUGAAGUCAAAACAACUGAAACAAAAGAUACUUUCACCAGAGAAGCUAUUUCACAGAAAGAGAUAGUGACAUCCAGGGUAGAAGAGAAGUUAGAUGACGGUGAUAAAUCACCUGAUCUGGUAGUAGAAGAGAAAGAUAUUGCCGAGGCACCAUUAAAAGCUAAGAUAAGCUCUUUUGAAUCGAAAAUGUCCAAGGAAUCUUCUAUUGAGUUACCUAAGACUACAGUUAAAUUAACGAAAGAAGCGUUGAAGAAACAUACUUUAGAACAGGACCAAGGUAUUGAGUAUACUCAAGAAUUUGUAAGGGAACAAUCUAAACAAAUAUCAAGCAUGGAAACACAUGUUACACAUAAAGUAUCUGUGGAAACGGAAAAACAUGUUGAAACGGUCAAAUCUGUUAAAGAAACGAUACAACACUUCGAUUCAAAGAUUAAACUAGAUGAAAAAUCAAAACCGUACCAUAAAACGAUGAGAACUGAUUCUACAUUAGUGCAAGUAUCUUCAGAGGAAGAUAGUGAAUUUUUGAAAAAGUCUACUGACUCUGAGACUGAGACUGAAUCUCAAACUACUGUAAAAGUAGAUAAAUUAGAUCAAAAGAGUAAGUUCAAAAUCGAUAGAGAUAUUUUUGACAAAAAGCCUGAUGGGUUACCCAAAGAUCAGAAGGAUGAUCAUAGCAGAAAGCCAGGUGAUGAUGACAAGAAAGAUGAUCAACCGGCGAUUAUGAGAGAACAAAAAUUAGAAAAACAACUCACUCAAGAACUACGAGCGAAAGUCAGUGAAGAAGAAAUUACGGAAGCAUUGGAAGAAAAGGACGUUUCCGUUAGUGAUCACGUUACAAAGGACAAGGUGGAAGCACAAGUAUCAGUGACGAGCGUAAAAUCGGAUUUAAGCCGACAUACAAAGACUGACUCACUAGGAUCAGAAACUACUGACAUGAUCAGCAAAAUGACGUCACAGGAAUCGCCUGCACAAUCAGCUAUUGAUAAGGCAGACUCAUUAGCUGAUAUACAACAAAGUACUGAGAAAGAUUUCAGCUUUGUGUCUCAGACUGAAUCGAAGGUGUACUCAAAGGAUUCAAAACACCGCAGUGACUCACUAGACGAGGCUUCACAAUUCUCAGACUUGGAUGACCAGAUUGGCACAAGUCCAGCACAUAAGCCUCAUGCUGAUAAAGACUUAGAACCAACUGUAACUAAAACUGAAAUUAAGACUGUUACUACUACGAUAUCAGAUAGAAAAGGGGAUAGAGACCAAACAUUAGAAUUUAUCAAAUAUGAAAGCGAACAUAGCUCGCAAGUCCUUGAAUCUGCUUUGGUGCCAAGGGAAGCAGAAAAGGUAUCACCUAAAGAGUCGCCAGUAAUAAGCGCGAAAGCUCGCCAAUUCAUUGAAACCGUGCCAGAAGAUGACUCUGUACAAGAAUGCUUCUUCUCUAAGCGCAUUUAUUCAGACUCUCUAGAAGACUCCGAACAUACUGACUCAAGACGACAUUCAGAAGCGGAAUCAUUAAAAUCGGAUCAAUCAGAUGUAAAGGCUAAGGUUUCAUCGUCGGACUUUGACGAAAGAGCUGAAUAUGAGGAGACUAUUGACUCGGGAAGUGGCUUUGGUGAUGAGAAAUUCGAAGAAAGUGUUGGUUUUACAUCAAUAAGAAUUGACCCCAAAGCUGUAGGUCUAGAGAAACAAGACUCUGGUUCUGAUAAAGCCGAAGAUGCAGAGCCUAUUUUUAAGAAAAUGACCCCGAAACGUUCUCACUCCAGAACUGAGUCGAUUUCGAUCUCAAAGUUAAGUGAUCUGCAAAUUGAUUUAGAUUUACCAAAAACUAAACAAGAAUUCCAAAUGAUUGUCACUGAAGCAGAAGAAAUAGACCGAUCUGACAAAGAUGAGCUGUCUGACAAAAUAUCUUCUGAAAGUAGCAGGGAAAUUGAAAUAUCAGAUAGAAAAUCUUCAGAAGGAAUUUCUGAUAAGAUCAGCUCUGAAGAUGCUGUUACGGAAAAGAAAACGUCUUCUGAGGAAGACGCAACGAGAGACCGCGAACCAGUUUUGGAACACGAAAAAGAAGUAGUAACUGCUGUUAUUGAGACCGUUAAAGAAUUUGACGCCGUUGAAAUGAGAGCUCAUGCAAAAGACGAUGUAGUAGACAAAGUCGAUGCAGUGAAACGCCAAUCAGUAACAUCAGCUGGUUCUGGAUCGGUAAGUGAGCUACGGUUGGAAGAGAAACGUUUAUCUGAUGCUCAUAGCUUGACUGAAUCCAGAGACUAUACUUUUGAAGAGUCGGAAGACGAUAUUGGAACACAGGGAACUCAUGUUGAUGUCUCAAAAGACAAAGUCGAAAUCAAACCUGAGAGUGAUUCUAAGACCAAAACUGUUUCAGGUAAAACUGAGUCCAAAUUUGCAAAACUUACUCAUGGAGAUUCCUUGGAUGAUGUUGAAGGUUUCCCCGAAGACCAUGUCACUGAUUAUGUUCAUAAACUUCCACACAUAGCCGAAAUGGGUUCUAUUCCGGAUAAGGACCUUACGAGUGAUUUCUUGAAAAAAGAAAGGGAAGCACAAAUGAAACGAGAAUCAGUACAAGUUACAACGAAGACUACUACUGAAACCAAAGAACCAGAAAAAGUGAUGUCUGCCAUUUCUGGCAUUAUACAACCAGCAAAGGAAAUCAUCAGUGCAAUUACUGACAGUGCGCAAACAACAACAGAAGAAGAGAAAGUAAUCACUGGUGUCAUUACUGAAUCUACAACUGGGCAUGUUGUAACAAAGACUGUAACCGAAUCUUCUCAACCAGAUAAAGUUGUAACAACUGUUGUCACUGAAACUGUACAGCCAGUAAAAGAAGUAAAAGUUGUUGAAACAGUUCAAACAGAACAUGAUAAACAACCUAGAGAAAUUGUAUUUACGACAAGACAAACAGAAACCACGUACACUAUAUCUUCGAAAGAUGAACCAACCGUGGUGUCAGAAAUGACUACUGUAAUCAAGGAUGAUACUACAUCAACUGUAGAAGAAAUAAUUGAAACCAAAAAGGAAGUAAUUGUAAGCACCGGUAGUAAAUUUGACGUUUCCAAAAUAAGAACCGAUACGCUUGGACAUUUUGAUAUUGGAGAUAUUGACGAAGCUAAAAAGUUUCCACCUAAAGAUUUGGAUUUGUCCGAAGCACCAGAAAUUACCAAAGAACAGGUCAAACCUGUUAUUGAUGACAUUUUACAUAAGGGAACCAUUGCAGCAGCAGCUCGAAGCCCAAUUGUUGACAAAGAUAUCAAAACAAUUACUAAAGAAAUUGUAGAAACUGAAAAAAGAUCUUAUGACGCAAAAGUUCCGCACAAGGAUGAAAGGCGACACUCUUGCAUUAGUCCAGCUAUCUCUCUCGAAAGGAUAGCUGAGUCUGAGGUAGAAACCGAAGAAGAACCACCUAAGGUUACCAGCGUUGUCACCGAAACACACACAGCAACAGAAACAGUUACUGAAAUGAAAAAAUCUGAUUCAGCUAUGAAACAGAUGGCAGAUAACAUAGAAAUAAUCAUUAAACAGGCUUCUGAAGAUAUCGAUGUUUCUUCAGAAGAACAUCCAGUUGAUGACACACAAGAUAUAGCAGGAAGAGUCUCUGUAGACUCUAUCAUAGAAGAAGCAGUGUCUACUGUCGAAGGAUAUUUAGACGAAAAAGAUUCAAAACAGCAAGAAAUUGAAGCUAAAAAAGAGAUUGUCUUCGAAGAAACGAAGAAGUUUGUUAAGGACAGGCCAGGGCUGAUCAAGUCACUGUCAAGAGAUAGUGGGGAAAUUGUGAUCAUGCCUAAAAAGAAACAUCCGAGAACAUUCUCUGUUCAGAGCUCCCCCGAAGAAGUCGAAGAACAGAUUUACACGGAUUCUGAAUCAGAUAUGGAUAAAGCUAAAGUUCUAGAAAUAAUAGAACCUAGCUCUGAUUUGGAUGGUAAAACGCCUGCAUCUAGUUUUGAUACGAGGAAGAUACGCACUGACUCUCUAGAUGAUGCUGAUGAUUUCCCAGAAAAAGAGGCUGAAUUCUUUGGAGAUGAUGACAAGUACAUUGAAGAUGCACCAGAGUCAUUCCAGCAAGUUAAAUUUGAUACCCAAGGACUUGAUGAUAUUGCUGGACCUAGCACAAGUGCACGCCACGACGUUGAAGGAGAUGACAAAUUCAGCGAAAAGUUUGUCAAGAAAACUCACUUUGUGGACAGUUUAAUGCGAUCAGAUUUAGUCUCAAAAUCUACUACAGAGUCAUCAGUGACUACAGUAGUAUCUACGUUGACCAAGUCUUCAGAUGAAGACCAGAAAUCAGUACUAGAAGAUGGAACUUCUGCUGACUUCUCAAAAAUCAGUGGUGCAGACUUAGUCAAAGACCCUUCGAAAACUUCGAUGGAGACUAAAGAAGAUUCUAGGAUGGAGGAACAGAUCGAGGACCGCGGUACACCAGACUUAUCGAAAAAGUCUAUAGACCUAACAAAAGACUACUCAAAAUCAUCUAUCGAUAGCAAAGACACUUCCAGAGAUUUUGCUACAAAUGAAUUGUCCAAAGACUCCACUGUUGACUUAACGAAGGACUUUUCAAAAGCUUCCGUAGAAAGCGUUAAGGAGAAUUCAAAGUCUAUUGACGAAAAGACUUUCUCCGAAGACCACUCGUCAUUAGAUGUAUCAAAGACAUUGGCUUCUGACGCAUCCGACGGUAUGACCGUGAGUAAAGAAUUUAUUGAAGAGGAGAGAUCAGUUUCAAGGGUUGUUAAAGUAUCGACUAGUUCCUCCCAGGAAACGUCUGUACUAACAGAGAGUAAAUUAUUUAGUGAACAAGAUGAGAAAUCAUAUGAAAAGACGAAACCUUCCGAUAAAACUGAACAAGACUUCAUUGGUGAAAUGGAAGAAAAGAUUGCCCAAUUGCAAUCAGAAUUUAGAAAGGAAGAAGAGAGCAUUAAAGAUAAGGCUGACAAAGAGCCUGAAGUCAAAAUUGAAAAACAUGUUACUACGAAAGAAAUCAUUGGUGAAGAUGGUGCAAAAACGAUUAUUACUGAAACACAUGUGACUACUGAAACAACAAAGCACGUUGUUAUAGAUGGAAAGGUGUCUGAUGAUAAAGGAGAUGGAUCCAAGAAAGACAAGCCAGAUGAUGAUGAGGUACUUCAAGAAGCAGACGAUGAAGUUCCUGAUAUGAAAGAAUUAAACAGAAGGUGUUCAAAUCUUCUGGAAGAUAUAUCUCAAGGAGCUCUCAUUAGAAUUGACUCAUCGCACGUAACUCAUGAUCUUGUGUCAAAAUUCUCCAAAACUCCACCACCGUCCCCUGUUGAUUUAACCUUGAAAGAAAAAUCCAAAUCCGAAGAUGGUACUGGCGACAAGUCUGCCGGGCUACAACCCAAAGGCUCCGACUCAUCGUUCCUGGACGCUAGCCGUCAAUCACCCAGAGCUUCGUCAGCCGGCGAUAGUGUCAUCAGCGAGACUGAAGCUCAUCAAAGUGAAGUACUGAUGGAAGCGUCUAAGGCACUCACUGCAGCCGCCAGGCCAAAAUCCCCAACUAAACAUGUGGCCGAUAAUAUAACUUUCGUUAAUGUCGACCAACCGACAAUUACUAGUGGUGCAAUUGAACUUGUUGAUAGAACAAUAGAAAAAAGUAUAGACGUAAUUGAUCAAAUUAAGAAAGAACAACUCGCUGUUCAAAUGGAAGAAAUGCAAAAGUCUACAUCAAGUGACACGUUUUAUACGGAGUCUAGAGUUGAGACUUCAUCUUCUUCAGUUCAUAAGACAUUUGAAGGCAGCGAGUUGAAGUUUCAAUCAAUUGACCCUGAAGCUGUAAUGUCUGAUAUGGUAGCCAAGUUUGGCAGCAAAGACGAAUUCAGCACAAUAUUAACUCAUAAAGAAACGGAAACAAGAAAGAUUUCUGGUCAAGAAUUCUUUUCUGAAACAAAACAAGUAUCGUCUUCUGAUGACGAUUCACUUGUCAUAAAAACUGAAACAACGCAUGAACUACGAGGACAAGAACAUGAAACGAAAGAGAAAACUGUGGUUCGUAAGGAGGGUGAUCAAACUGAAACAUCACAAAAGAGGUUAGAAAAAGCACACGAAGCCACAGCUAAGAGAUCUGACACUGAAACGAAGACUGUAAGGAGUACGGAUGAUACAGACAUUAUUAAAGUUGAAAGAGAAUUUUCUGAACAAGGUCUGUAUACGGGAAGACAAACAAAGUCAGAAGAAAAAAUGACAGCAAUCAAAGAUGAAACCACGAAGAAAAAGAAUGAAGUUAAAAUAUCAGAACGUGAUUUAUACCAUGAACAGUGGGGUAAAGAAUAUUUUACAGAGCCAGGUGAAUUAGAAAACAUUGUUGAAGAUGAUGAUAAGUCUAGAGUUGCAUUUAUCGAUUCCACUCUAAAAAUAAUUGAAAAAGACGAAAUAGUAUCUAGUGUAGAAGUUUCAGAAAAAGGAAAAGUAGUUAGUUCAACAAUAGAACAUCACAAAGAAGAGUCAGUUAUAGAAAGUAAAGAACAUGAUGAUCUUAGCUCUGAUGCGCCCAGUUUUAAAAGUGAACCAACUGAAAGACGCGACUCAACAGAAGCCAGCCCUAAGAGUAAAUCAAAAUCUUUCAAAAAAGAAGACGAAACUUAUGAAGUGAACUUCAUAAAGGAAAUCAAAGUUACAACGUCCCCAGUUAAGAGUACAUUUAGUCGAACUGGAAGCCAAGAUACACAUUCUGAAUCUGAGGUUGCACCUGAGUUACCUCAUGAUGACAAAACUGGAGAUACACCAAAAAAGGAGAAACCUUUGAAAUCUCCUAUUAGAUUACCAGAACAACAGAUUCAAGAUCAAGUUUGGGAGGUGUCUGUACAAAAAGCCGAUUCAUUUGAGGUAGCUGAUGAGAUACCGAAACCUAAAGUCACAACGAGUAUUGAAACUUCUAGUACUACGAAGAGUUCUGACAGUGAUACUAUGCUAGAAAUUAGAACUGUUGUAGAGACACGGACUGAAGUAACAAAAACAUCCAAAACUGACAUGUCCCCCUUGACAUUUGAACUAUCAGAUGAAACAAGCACCUCUAAAGAUAUCAUGAUCAAAUCCGGUGAGAGUCUUGACACUGAAUGUAUGGUAAAGUCCUUAGAGUCACAUGAAGGGGAAGUGCUACAGAAAUCUAUGGAUUCUACUGUAAGUGCAGAAACUCUUCAUGCCUCGGAAUUUUCCACUGAAGCUGAUUCAGCUUACCUAACAGGAACUGAUCAUAGAAGGGAAGAAGUCAAACUAAUAAAAGAAAAAAGCCUAGAAGACAUUUGCAGUAGUGGAUAUGACACUGAUCUCUCCUCUGCCGAGUUUCAUGCUACGAAACUUGAGUCAGAAAAGGUGGAUUUCGAUUCGCUGAUGUCUGCUCAACCACUCACUGACUUGUCAGUUUUGGAAAAAACGAUAGAUGAAGUCAAACAGUCUCUUGAAGCAGCGCAAGGCGAAAUUAUUAGUGAAAAAAGUGACGGUAGCAGCAAAUACAAACAGUCUCCAUCUGAAUUUCAGUUCAAGCUGUUAAUAAGCCCUGAUAGACCAGAAGUUAUAACCGAAGAACAACACGAUGACCAUGAUAAGUCAGUUGUUUCUAAGGAAAAACAAGAAAAGAUACUUGAUAAAUCAGAUAGAGUAUCCCCAAAAUUAAGUUCUCAGGACGAUACUACAACUUCAGAUGAAGAAAAAGACACUAUCCAUAUCAAAGAAUCUAGUCCACCCUUAGAUAGUGCUGAUAUAUCUAUUAGAUCAGACAGCGGUCCCCAUUCAAUAAUUGAAACUGACAGUGAGAUAAUAUUGUAUGACAGAGAUAAGUCCAUAAGCAGUCUUGAAGUGAAACUCAGGGAACAGAAACAUAUUAAGUCAAAGCUAGGAGUGGGCGACAGACGAUCAGCAUCAGAAGUAGAGGGUUGGUCUAGUUCUGGAGAAAGUCACUAUCACAGCUUCGAACAUUCAGAGAGCCGACCAUUAUCCUCUGAUGUUGAAGUCAUGGUGACAGCACAGAGCGGAACUGAAUUUGAAACGGCUCUCACAAGUCAUGACGUUUCAUCAUCUUUGAGAACGUCUAAAGAUUAUUUCACUGCCGGUAGUUCAUUAGCUUCCCGAGACAGUAUGAAAAGUUUAGAUUCUGAUGGCUCUAGCCACGUCGCCAGUAUUGAUAUUUCUGAUGCUUCAGAAACUCUCGUACCGUCUGCUAAUGAGUUGAAAGAAGAAUUGAUGGAAAGUAGCACGUACGUGGAACAUUUCCUUCAUGAAGGAGAAAAAGAAAUGCCAAAAAUCAAAGAUGUUAGUGAUGAGGAAGUUUCAGCUGAUGAGGAUGAAGGCAAAGUUGGUGUGAUUGAACCUGUAGGUAAGAUGAAAAGGUCACAUGAAAUGAGAUUUCACAAGGAUUUGAUUCCAGAACAUUUUCCAAUCGAAAGCGCCUCAGAGAGCGUUGACAUUGAAGACGAUUCUACCAAAGAUAAAGAUGGUUCUGAUACUACAAUUUCAAGCCAGUUGAAAACCGAUGAAAUUUUGUCGUCAUCUAUUUCAAAACUGGAUAUGCCUUCCUCACAAUCAGAACAGGACCUAAUAGAAGUUAAGGAGACUGUGGUGAAAGUAUCAACGCAUUCUCAAGAGGCUAUACCAUUUUCUGUGACUAAAAUAGAAAAGCCACAACGAGAAUUCGUUGAUGUUGAAAGUGAAAUUAUUCCUGUAGGAUCUUCUGAAUACGAGGACAUUGUGAAAUUUGGGAGUAUUAGUCCUGAACCAAAAAAACAUACAAAAGAAGAUUCAACUAUAACGAAGAAAACUAUUCUGGAAACCGAAAGCACACCCGGAGAAGUAUGUGAAGUUGUGGAGGAAUGUCAGAAGAAAAUUGUGAAAGAAAUAAGCGUUGUACCUUUCCCAAAGACAGAAAUACCACCAAGCCAGAGAGAAUUUGUUGAUAUUGAAGACGAUAUCAUACCAGUAGGAUCCAAGCAGUAUGAAGAAAUUUUAAAAUCGAAGAGUGAUUCGUCUGUACCUAAAACCAAAGUUGAGAAAUCUGUUGUUAAAACUCCUGAUUCUCAGUUGGAUAGUAAACAGACAUCGACAUCCAGUCUUCAAACGCAUGAUCAUCAAUCUACACCUCAAACACCACUAUCUGCUCCCAGCCAAAGUUCACUUUCCACGGAUAAUGGCAGGGAAUACGUUCUAGAUGACAUGUACGACAUUUCUGAAACUCCUGAACUUCGGUCAGACCUUGCUGAAACAAGCAAAUCAGAAUUGGUUAUAACAACCGAAGAAAAGACUAUGCUUAGUUACGAAAAGGAGCAGGAAUCACCUACUAGUGAUGAAUUUGAAAUGGUGGAUAAACCAAGCGAAAUGGAUGACUUUGUCGUCAUAGAAGAAGUCGCUAAAGAAGCUCAAGAAACGGACACUGAAGGCAAAAGUGUACAAAUAAAAGCUCAAAAAUUUGUUAAACGACAUGAUACAGAAAUUGAAGAGUAUUUAUCGAAAACUUCUUCCAAAAAACAAGAAAGUACUAGCAGUGCUUCUGGUUCGCUGUCAGAUGACGAACUAUUACAGUAUGAAUUAGAACAAAAGAAACUGCAAGCUCAAGAAUUGGCUGAAAUUGAAGCAGGAAGACGCUGGAUUCAAAUGCAAUUUGAAGGAGAUCCACGCUACGAUUAUGAGAGAGUGCCCUUAGAAGACAUUAAAGAAGAAGAAAUGACAGACUUCGAUGCUAGUCGAAUUGGUAGUUUAACUUCGCAAAAGGAAUCGAUAGGAAGCUAUGGCAGUUUCAGAAACUCAUAUGGAAGCCUUUCUGAAUCCGAAAUGGCAUCCCGAAUUAGGUUCAGGGUAAGAGGUGAUAAUGACGAUAUUUCUAUAAGCUCGUUACAAGAGUUCGAGAACCUGGAGAGAGCGUUAAUGGAACAGUACCAGCAACACUCUUCAUCAUCUCAAGAAUCUCUAAAUGGUUCUUUGCCAAGGCGUUAUGUCCUUAGUAGGAGUCAAGGUGAUGAUAUUUCUAUAUCUAGUUUGAAAGAAUUUGAAGGUCUCGAGUCUGCCUGUUUAGAAGCAUUAAAAGCAGAAAUACUUGCGAAACAAAAAGAAGCGCUUCUUAUGGCUGAUCCCAAAGAAGUAAGUGGUAGUUUCUUAGAAAGGGAAAAAAGAUCAUAUAGUGGCAGUUCAGAAAGCAGUCCACCACUAAAAGGUGGAAGUCCAAGUCAAAAGAGUGGUAGUCCUUCCCAAAAAGGAGGAAGCCCCUCGCAAAGGGUCGGUAGCUAUGGUAGCCCUUCACAGAAGAUUUUAACUGAAUCUGCUAGUAUACGAAAGCUUAUUGAUCAACAAAUGGCAAUUGAACAGAAACUACAACAACAACAAGUGACACCUAAAAUCAUUACGGUAAAAAAAUACGAUGAUAGAGGAGCUUUCUUUGUACCAGAACCUGAACCUGGCCCAUCAGAAAAAGAAGCAGAACCAUCAGAAGUAGUAGAAGAAUGUAAAAAAUCAUCAUCUUUUGUUUGCGCAGCGGCUCCUAGUGAUGGGUCUGCUGAAUCAAUACCAGGAGAUUGUGAGGAAAUGAUGAAACUGUUAGACCAAGAAGAGAAAACUAAAGAAAGUAAAGCAGUUACCAGAACAUUCACAGAUGGCGGUGUCAUAGAAGUUGUUAAGACGACAACAGUCAUUCAACAGCGAUUUGUAGACGGAAAGAAAGUAUCAGAAACAGUGACUAGUACUGAUGAAGAAGGGGCAGUUGAUAUCCCUGCUAGACCUAGACAGCUUGAAGAAAGUGCCAUGUCGUAUGGCUCCGAAAUGUCAUCUUCAAUUACAUCUCAACCCUCAGAGAUGGAUAGCUUAAUGACGGUGCUUGAAAGACAUACAGAAGGAGAAGUAGUGACGGUUACACGCCAAACGAUAACUAUGACUGAUAAACCUGAGGACUUGGAGUUCUCAAGGGAGGGGAGUCUAAUGCGUGAGCUGUCGCCCUCCUCGGGGAGAUCGGUAGCUCAUAGUGUAAUCUCGUUCUCCGGUAAACAAUUUACAGAUCCUGCUAGUGGCUCAUGGAGCGGCCAGGACGAGGAGUUAAGUUCAUCUGGAAGCUUUAGCAGGGGAGCUCGCGCUGACCUGAUGCUUGGCAGUACUGAUAGCUUAGAGGCAACCAGCUCUAACGCCACUCGAGCCACCUACAACUAUGAGGUCGACACCCCGAUGACGGGCAGUCUCACUUCUGGAGGAUCAAAUACAAUGGUAUCAUCUCUGGACACCCUGGAUCCCAUCACGGCUGUCCAGAUGGAGAGUUUAGAGCAUCAGUCCACUAGUGAACAUUAUUCACAUGAUUAUGAAGUACAAGAACCUGAUUCUGACACUGAGAGAUUGGAGUUAGAUAGCAGAACACCUCGGGCCAAGGAGCGCACAAUUAUGUUCGAUAGUACUGACACGCUCAGCGCUGUCAGCGGCGACGGGUCAGUCAAGGAAGCAGCUGUAGAAACACCAGCACCUACCUUCUAUAUUGGAGACACUCCUAUCAUGAGAGGAGAACGUCGAGAUGAUGAUGACGCACAACCAGCGCUGUCUGGAAGUGCUCCAGCAUCUUUACCACCUGCCACUCAACCAUCACCGCCCAUACCUGCUCAAAGAAGAUCAUUGUCAAUGCUAGCGAAAUCUUCUCCAUCCCACACGGAAGACGAUAAGAAGUAAAUAUUAGUAACAUUAGGAUGAAA